AUGCUCUACCUGUCACUUGCAGCUUUGCUGGCUGGUGGGAUAACGUGUCCCGUACAAAAAGAAUCUCAAUGCCCACUGCAGGUCGAUCGAUUCGAAUAUGCUCCUCGUCCGCCUGCUCCAGAAUUGAUUGGGAUUACGAGACUUCCAUUACCUCCUGUCGUGGAGGAUCAAGUCCUUUGCGAUGUGACUGUCAACCCCAGAAGAACCGGUUGUACUGGUAAAGCCACCAAUCUUCAGGGAGGGACUUUCUUACCGGACGACAACCAUGUCCUAGCCAAGAUCCGCUUCGCCGGAGCACCUGCGGCCAAAGACCCAGCAAGCAUUUACACGGGCGAACAAGUGAUCGUCGUCAAGACAGACAACUCAACAUUUCCCAACAGUGAUCCUUGGAAGUGUCUGACCUGCGGCAUACCCAAAGAGAACAACCACGCGACACCGGUUCAGUCUCCAGACUACGGCUAUCCUCAAGCAUUCGCCAAUGGCAAACGUGUCAUGGCCGGGUUCUACAUCAUCGACUGCGGCAGUCUACGAGUUCGGAGGGGUUCCAUGUGUCGAUCGAUGUAUUGA